CUGUGGGGCCGCCUGCCCUGCUCGUGUCCGCGGGACCUGCUGCCCGGCCGCUCCCCCAGCCGCCGGCUGCUCCCGGCGUUCACCCCGGUUUUUCGGAAGUUAGAACGGGAGCCCGUCGCUGUCAUCCCCUGGGAAUGCUGGCACCCGGGACCUUGUCCAAGACGUUCGGGGCAGAGAGCGCGGUUGCAACGGAAAUCAAAGCCUGAUGUGGAGAAACGAAACCUGAGGCCUCCUGGCUGUUUGAAAACAUUCCGGGCGACAUUCUCCGGGUUUCGUUUCCCCGAGGGCAGCUGUCAGGGGCUGGGAGCGGGCGAGGUUCCCGUUACAGAGGGUCGCUCACGUCUCUGGGCCCGAAAAACAGUCGGGAGAGCAGAACUUCAUCGCGGAGCCCGCGGCCCGCAGACCACAGCCAACAGCACCGGGGCCUGGCGCAGGCCCUGCCGGCUGCCCGAGCGAUCCCCGCACCGGCCCAUCCUCCAGGCCGGGCUGCCCGCCAACGCCUCCACGGUGGUCGGCGGCGACGUGGAGUUUGUGUGCAAAGUGUACAGCGAUGCCCAGCCCCACAUCCAGUGGAUCAAACACGUGGAGAAGAACGGCAGCAAGUACGGGCCCGACGGGCUGCCCUACCUCAAGGUGCUGAAGCACUCGGGCAUAAAUAGCUCCAAUGCGGAGGUGCUGGCUCUGUUCAAUGUGACGGAGGCGGACGCGGGGGAGUAUGUGUGUAAGGUCUCCAAUUACAUAGGGCAGGCCAACCAGUCCGCCUGGCUCACGGUCCUGCCCAAGCAGCAAGGCCGCCGGGGUUAACACCACGGACAAGGAGAUUGAGGUGCUCUAUAUUCGGAAUGUAACUUUUGAGGAUGCGGGGGAGUACACGUGCUUGGCGGGUAACUCUAUCGGCAUCUCCUUUCACUCUGCAUGGUUGACAGUCCUGCCAGGUACAUACCGCCUGCUCCCGCCUCGACUGGGUGCCCUGGGCGUGGUCCCCCUUCCUGGUGGGGUGCUAUGGCGUCAACACGCUUCUGUCCUCAGAAACCGCCCCUCGCGUCUUUGCAGAAAGACUUGGAGAAUGUCCACGACCCUCCCCCAGGAUAGAAGCCAUGGCCUGGGAGAGUCACGUGCAGCGAGGCCCCACGCGCACGCGCACGGUCACGUGACGUGUCUCCCGCCCCCCAGGGGACCUCACGCUCUCCGUGGGCCACGGAGUCGACGUGGAAAGUCGCCCCCCAUCCCCGAGUCCCUUAAGGCGUGGAAGUCACGUGGUAGUACGCAAAGUAGUGUGCUUUUCUCAUUUUAAACUCCAUUGUGCUCUGCACGUUGACUCCACGUUCCCUUUUUAACGAGACGUGAACAGACGGCGGGCGUCGCGGUGCCCGGGCCAGGCGCCCGCGUGUGGGUGCACAGAAGCGGUGUGGUGCCCGCCUCGGGGCUCGGUGGCUCCCUGCAUGUGACCCUGGGCGGGGCUUUCCGUCUGCCUUCCCCGCGGAGCAUGCGCUGGCCUCUCGCUCGAUGCUGCUUCUGCCCCAUCAGCUGCCUCCUCGCUGCCAUCUGACUCCGUGAGCACAGUGUCUGUCGGGUCAGACGAGCUGGGUCCCCGCCUGCUCCUGUCCUUUCCGUGGUGACUGUGCUGCUGGCCUACGUUCCACGGCGUUGCCAGCGCCUCCUCGUCGGCCUUCGUGCCGCCUGCAUGCUCGUGCCACACCCGGCAGAGGAGGGGGAUCGCUCCACGCGACGCUGUGCGGCUGAGCGUGCUGACUGUCUUGCGAGCAUUUUCCUGAUGAAAGCGUGUGAGCUUCAAGUCAGACCGUGGCUCUCGUGUUCCCUGGUCCCGGGAACCUGCUCUGAGUGUUUGCUACGAGCAGCGAGGCCUCUGGCGUCGAGCUUGCUUGUCCUUGCCGCCCUGCGCCCCACGGGCGCCCGGUGGGCCGCCUUAACCAGCCUGCCCCGCAGCGCGGCGCACUAACCGAGAACGCGGUCCCAGGACAGCGCUGUGCAGACCCCUGCUCGCAGGUCAGCCAUCGAGGCCCGAGGAGGGAGCACACGCUAUUGGGACGGAUACAAGAACGUGCUCACCUGAGUAACUACACGUGGACGCACACGCAACACCACUUCUGUUUUUCCUUUACAAGUUGCAGUGAUGUGUCAGUAUAACCAGAUGCACAAAAAACGGUCAUGGGUAUUAUUACUGUUGCUAUUAUUUUUAUGUGCGAAUCCUCACUGAGGAUGUUUUCCCACUGGUUUUCAGAGAGAGUGGAAGAGAGAGAGACAGGGAGAAACAUCGAUGUCAUGUUGGUUGGUUGCCUCCUGCACGCGCCCUGACCGGGGCCCAGGCUGGGGAGGAGCCUGCGACCGAGGUACAUUCCCUUGACCGGAAUCGAACCCGGGACCCUUUGGUCCACAGGCCGACGCUCUGUUCACUGAGCCAGCUGCCUAGGGCAAAAAAUUGUAUUGGUGAUCGAUUAAGGACGAUCACCGAGACGAUUUGUGGCACGCAGACGAUGCUUCUACGUCAGCAGCCAGCCCGCCUGCGUGUUAAAUGCAUUUGCUUGUCGAGUAGAAUAACGAGUGAGGCUGCGCUAAGGAAUUGGACCCCUUUUGGGGCCGGCCAGCCUGCCCGGUGCAUCUCUACUCCGUUUCACACGGACCUGGGCGCAUCUGCGCCCCCUCCCACCUCCCUGUUGAUGAGCC